AUGGUGUGGCAUCUCAUUGGGCACCCGUUACAUCCGUUAUAUGCAGAUGAUACAAAGUUGUACAGAAGCAUCGUAUCAGUAGCUGACUGCGAAGGUCAACAGCAAGCUCUGACUAACCUUGAUACAUGGAACAGUGUCAAUAACCUUAAGUUUAAUGCGUCUAAAUGCAAGGUGUUGACCGUGACAAGAAAGAGAAGCCCAAUAUUACACACUUACCAACUCGGCUCUAAGGAACUGCUUCGUGUGGGGCAAGAAAAAGAUCUCGGUAUUACUUUGACUAGUAACCUCUCUUGGGACACUCAUAUUAACGUUAUCGUCGCCAAAUCCAACAAGCUGCUGGGUUUAUUAAAGAGAACUUGUCCCUUAUUGACGGACAUUAAAGUUAGACGUACGCUGUAUCUGUCACUCGUUAAAUCACAAGUCAGCUACGCCACAGAAGUUUGGUCUCCAGUCAACAUACAUCUCAAAUCAAAGAUUGCGAAAAUUCAAAGAAGAGCUACCGCUUGGAUUCUGAAAUCCAAACAAGGUGAGAUACCUUACCAACAGAGGCUGAUAGCUCUUAACCUACUGCCAUUAUGUUACGACAGGGAAAUUAAGGACUUGGUAUUUUUCUACAGGGCGCUAUUUGGAUUUGAACGUUUAUCAUUUUGUUUCUUUUGUAAAUAGUGAUCGCACCCGACUUAGUCAAAAUCCAUCUCUAACUCUUAAAGUUCCUUUUUGUAAAACCAGAACAUUCCAAGCGUCCUACUUUAAUCGAAUAGUAAAACUAUGGAACACAACCUGUAAAAUACUUCCCCCUACUAGUUUGUCGAGUCUUUCAACUUUCAAAUGUUCAAUUAAACUCGUGUAUCAUAAUUUAAAUACUCAAAUUUUUGAUGUUGAUCAACCGUGUACAUGGACCCUCGUGCGUGGUCGCUCCUGCCAUAGGUCAUAAACGUACUUUUUUAUGGGAAGUGCCCCGCAUGGGACUUGGAGUCCCGUUCGCACUUUUCCCAAUUGGGUUCUUUUGUUGUUGUUAUUUUAAAUUAGUGUAUCUUUGCCCAAUUAUUUGUUAGUAUAAUUAUUGUAAAUAUAGUUGUUAAUGACCCAAUAAAGUUCUUUAAAAAAAAAAUAUGUUCGAAUGGGCUGAAGUUUAUAAUAUAUGUUCGUCGAAAGAUACAGUAUGGCUUAGUAAUACAUUGUUUACAAUCUUCGAACAGUUAUGACGUACGUAUUGAUUUAUUGAAAUAUAAUAUCGCUUGACCACUCAAGGCUCAUAAUUCGCUAUAGUGUUUGUCUUUGACUAAAGCUAUCGUUGGGAAUUUCACUGAAUUAUUUCACUGAGUCGAACGGUGGUAUUUUCAUCUACAUAGCAUUCACUGAACCGAAGAUAUGAAACCUGCAAAAUAAUAUUCCACUAUUUGCAUGGUUUAAUUUAUAUAUAGGGCCUGUUGAGAAGAUGAUAACAGAAUUUAGAAGCUCGUGCACUCGUCAAAAUUCACUGAAUCUACAAGUUUAAAUGGCGUAAAUCCGCGUUAAUAUUGGAAAAUUGUGCAAAAAAGUUGUGAAAACUGAUUUAUGAGAUGUUCCAGAUGUUCCAUUCCAUGUUUUAGACGUUGCCGUUUCAAAGUUUAGUUUCAUUAAGGAACUUCUAGAACCUAAAAUUCGCGAAGAUAUAGACGGGUUACCUUUCAGUACUGACGGUUACCAAAGAGCCGAAAAUAUAUUAAAAGACAAGUAUGGUAAAACAAGUGAAAUUAUCAACGCUCAUAUUCAAAAUAUAAUGGGAUUGCCCAGCAUAACGGGAUCAAAUUCAGCAAAAGUGCAUGAAUUUUAUAAGACACUUUCUUACAAUGUGCAAUCGUUAGAGACUCUGGGUAAAAUAGAAAGAGUAAAUGGUACCACCAGAAACGUCCUAGAAAAACUAAAGGGAAUUAAAGCCGAUUUAGUGCGUGGGGAAGAGGGAUGGCAGGAUUGGGACCUCCCGCGGUUAGUAAUUGCUUUAAAGAAAUGGAAGGAUAUUCAUUCAGUAGACAAUAUGAAUCAGGAUCAUUUCAAUUCCAAAUCACCGCCAAAACGUCACGGUACGAAAUCAGAUUUUUACCAUGCCAAGGGCGGUGAACGAAAAAAGCGCGUGUGUGUUUAUUGUGAAGAUUCCAAUCAAGAUUGUAGUAAAGUUCAACUGUUUCGGUGCCCGAAACACAAACCAGUCGUUAGAGAACCAGUCGUUAGAGAAGCUGCAGAAUCAACAAAACUGCGAAUCGUGUACGACGCGUCUGCACGAGCACACUCCGAAGCACCCAGUUUAAACGAUUGCCUGAAUGCUGGACCACCGCUACAAACCGCUUGUGGGACGUCCUGGUUCGUAUGAGAUUCCACCCCGUUGCAUUGACCGGUGACUUGAAGCAAGCAUUUCUCCAAGUACGGAUUAAACAAGCAGAAAGGGAUGCACUCCGCGCUUUCAUUGGAAACCGAACGAUCAAGCAGCAGUCGAAACGUUAAGAUUCACUCGGGCACUGUUUGGUCUGACAUGUUCACCCUUUCUACUCGGAGGAGUCAUCGAACACCAUUUGGAGUCGUGGGAAGCUCGAAUGCCAGAAGACGUGACCUUAUUGGCGAAAAGACGACCGUAGCGAAAUUGCAAACCUUCAAGGACAGAGCAACCGAGAUAUUUCGUGACGCAACCUUUACCCUACACAAGUGGCAUUCAAAUGCACCAGAAUUGGAAGAACCAGCCAUGGAACCAGCCAUUUUCUCCACAAGUGAAGAAACGUUCGCCAAACAGCAACUGGCUACCGCACACCGGGGGAAUCAAGUAUUCUCGGUCUUCGUUGAGAAAAGAGGUCCGACCAAAUCAGCAUCACCGUACCAUUAG